AUGGCACGCCUGACCGUCCUGCUGCUGCCUGCCGCCCUUGCCCUCCGGCUCGCGCCGCGGAUGGGGGGCGCCGCGCCGCGGCCGCUGGGCGGCAUGGAAUGUCUCUUCGCGCCGCGGCGGUCGCUCGCGUCCUGCGCGCUGCCGCCGACGGCGCACGUCGUCGCCGUCCGGCUCGAGCGGCCCCUGUCGGACGGCGAGCUGCGGGCGGGCCUGGAGCACGCCGUCGCGAAGCACGCGCUCCUCUCGCGGCGCGUCGCCGGCAGCGGCGCGCCGGCGAAGCGCGGCCCGCUCGGCGCGCCGGUCGGCGCCUUCCCGGUCUGGCGGAACGUCCUCGCGCCGUUCGGCGACGACAACAUGCGGAUCGGCCCGUCGGAGUUCGCCUUCGUGCCCAUGGACGGGGCGACGCCGGCGAGCGUCGUCGAGGAGGCCCUCGAGCCGCGCGUGGCCGACUGGCAGGAGGCGUUCACGGCGGCGCUGAGCGGCGGGUGCGGGGAAGGCGCCUUCCGGGCGGGCCCCGGGACGUUUGAUUUUGAGCUCGGGGCGGGCCCGCUCUGGCGGGCGUGCCUCGACGAGGGCGGCGCGACGCUCCUGCUCUGCUUCGACCACUGCGUCUCGGACCAGCCGUCGGCGAUGGGCCUCGUGGACGACGUGCUGAAAAGCUGCAGGGAGGCCCCGCCUGUCGUGGCGGCGGAGGACCUGGCGGCGCUGGAGACGCCGCCGUCGCUCGAGGACGAGAUCCUGGGCCGCGACGGGCGGAGCCGCGGCUUCGUGAGCGACGAGCUGGGCGGGAAGGGGCUGCUGGGCGUGGACAAGGGGAGCCUCCCCUACCUCAUCGCGAAGGCCACGGAGCCGGCGUGCCAGGACCCGCUCGCGGCGUCGCCGCACCUGCCCGAGGACCGGUGGGGCGACGCGUCCCUGCACGCGGCCAAGAGGACGCCGCUCGUGGCCUUCCGGACGAUGAGCGCGGAGACGCUCGCGCAGCUCCGCGCGACGUGCCGCGCCCGCGGCACGACCGUCGGCUCGGCGCUCGCGGCCUGCGCGGCCCGGGCCUUCGCGGCGCUGUCGGAGGACGACGAGGUCCCGGUCAAGGUGCUGCAGUCCCUAGACAUGAGGCGCUUCGGCAAGGACAAGGCGACGGACCGGCUCGCGUGCCGCGCGGGCUCCAUGGACCUGUUCCUGAAGCCGGCGGACGGCCUCUGGGACAUGUCCCGCGAGGCGGGCGCGCAGCUCCAGACGUUUGAAGGGCGGAACUUCGGCGAGCAGAGCGUCCGCGUCUUCGACUGGGCCGUCGACGCCAUGGAGAUGACGCGGCUCGUCGAGCUGGAGAGCGACAACCCCUUCACGCUGGGCCGGGCCUACUGCUGCGGCGUGUCCAACGCCGGGCUCUACAGGGGGAGCGGCGCGGCGGAGAUGUACUACGCGACGAGCACGACGAGCGCGGGCGCGUCCUUCCAGGCGUCGUGCGUGACCGUCCAGGGCAAGCUCUGCGUCUCGGUCAACGCGCCGGCCCCGCUCGUCACGCGGGAGCAGUGCGAGGCCUUCGCGACGCUCUUCGUGGCCGAGGCGACGAACGCCGCCUCAUCCGUCGAGGAAGAGGCGAACACCUUGGUCCUGCGAGCGGCGGACGACGCGCCCGCGGAACCCGUCUACGAGAAUGGGUUGAUUGCGUUCGGGCUGGGCGCGGCGCUGGGCCUCGGCGCGCACGCGCCGGCCGUGCUCGACUUCCUGCAGGGCGUGGCGCGGUCGGCCGCGAACGGCGGCGACCUGCUCGCGCCCUACGGCUUCUGGCUCUUCUUCGCGACGAUGCACCCGCUCAUCGGCGGCGCGGGCGUCGGCCUGGGCGAGGUCAUGUGGGGCUUCCCCGGCUACAGCGCCCUCAGCGAGGCGGCGCAGGACGCCGCCGGGCCGCCGCUCGGCUUCCUCGCCGCGAGCGUCGCGGCGAGCGCCGCGCUCGCGUCGAACGCGCUGCUGCGGUCCGCCGCGGGCUUCGUGGCGUCCCUGGCCUUCUUUGGGACCGUGUCGAGCGGCCUGGCCGGCACGAGCGGCGACAACGGGUCGCUCAACCUGAGUCUCGACGACGCGCCCGUCGCCGGCAAAGUCGUCCAGGGCGACCUCCGGGGCUGCCCGUCCUACGGCCAGGUGAAGCAGCCGUCGAUGAACGGUUUCGACGUGACCAAGUACAAGGGCCGGUGGUACGAGCACGCCUACCACGACUGGACGCAGUUCGCCGAGGUCUACGACACGACGCUCGACAUCGACCUCGCGGCGGACGGGCGGACGUGGGUCGACGACUUCGCGGUGCGGGGGCCGUCGCCCCGCGCGGCGCCGCGGUCCUGGCGCGGCUCGCCCGUGGCGAACGGCGCGCACUACCCCCUCUACGGGUCCCUCGACCCGGCCAAGCCCGGCGAGCUCCUCGAGUCGGGCUUCGGGAACGUCUUCCCGAACUUCAUCGUGGACGUGACGAAGGACGCCCAGGGCAACUACCAGGACGCGAUCCAGUUCCAGUGCCUCGAGAGCGGCGGCGUGCGCGUCUUCGAGGGCAUUAACUUCCUGUCGCGCGACCGCGAGAUCAGCCCGGCGCGGCUCCAGGGCUUCUUCGACCGGGCCGCCAAGGCGGGCAUGGCGCCCUACGGCGCGCGGCCGGACCAGAUGCACGUCGUCGAGCACGCGCCGGCCGACUUCCGCGACGUCGACAACUGGUGGCAGAAAUUCUGGACGACCAUCGGCGUGGACAAGCUGCUCGCGCUCGUGGCGGCGGAUAUCUAGGCUAGUGUCUAUGAAUUAGCCCGUCC